AUGACAAUGUGGCUCGUGAUGGCGUUGCUUGCGGUGGCAGCUGCUGCCCCACAGGGAGUAGACAAGAUAAUUGGGGGAUACGAGUGCAGCCCCCAUUCACAGCCCUGGCAGGUUUCCCUGAACAUUGGGUACCAUUUCUGUGGCGGAUCCCUCAUCGCGGACCAGUGGGUGGUGUCAGCUGCCCACUGCUGCCCUGACUCCAUGCAGGUGAUCCUGGGAGACCACAACAUCCAGGUCUUUGAACACACCGAGCACCUGAUGCGCAUCGAGACCAUUGUGUUGCACCCCAGCUAUGACGAGCAGACACUGGACCACGACAUCAUGCUCAUCAAGCUGGCCCACCGCAUCCAGCUGGAUGCCUACGUGCGACCCGUUCCCCUGCCGACCGCCUGCCCAGAGGUUGGGUCUCUCUGCAUGGUGUCAGGAUGGGGUAACAUCCUCAGCGAUGGCUGUGAGUUCCCUCUCGCCAAGAACCUGCAGUGUGUCGAAGUUCCCAUUGUGAGCGACCAGGUGUGUGAGCGCUCCUACCCCGGGAUGAUCACCAGCACCAUGAUGUGCGCUGGGUACCCGGAAGGAGGCAAGGAUGCAUGCCAGGGAGAUGCUGGUGGACCUCUGGUCUGCAACGGGGAGUUGCAGGGCAUCAUGUCCUGGGGAUUUGGCUGGGCCCAAAAGGAUCACCCUAGCAUCUACACCAAGAUCUGCUCUGUGCUGUCCUGGAUCAAGAGCACCAUGGCCGCUAACUGA